AUGUUCUUAACAAGAAAUGCAAAGCAAUAUAUAAAUAAUAGUCAACAAUAUGCACAAAGAUACUUCAUUGUACCACAACAACAACAACAGUUAACUGGUUUGCUAUUACAGCAACAGAUAUACUCUUACUCUACAUCAACUACAAGUACUACAACAACAACUGAUAAACCAAAGAUCACGAGAUCUUCAAGAGGUGUUGGUGUAAAGUCAUCGGGAGCAAUUCCAAAGCGUAGAGUUUCAUUGUCCUCUGCCAAGGCUUUGAUGGAGAAGAGACAACAAGCUCAACAACAACAACAACAACAAGAUCAACAACAAGGACAAGAUGACUCAACACCAAAGUUAUUAAAGACCCCGACUACUUCUUCCUCUUCUGUCGCCAAGAGGAAGGAGACACCAAAGCAACAGAUGGACAGACUUGAAAAAGAGAUUGAGAAGCAAUUGAUAUCAAGAAAGAACCUUUUAAAAGACUCAAAUACAUUACGUACUCAGACUCCUGGUGAAGCUGAGGAUGAGACAGAGGUGCCAAUUGGACUGGAGGACAAGGAGUCCAUCGACAAGGAAUACCGCCGUCAGUUCUGGGCCGCCCAGAUGACAAUGCGCGAGUCACUAAAAAAGGAUGGCGGUCGUUAUCUAUUCGAUCAAUCCGCCUACAAGGACACGGAGAAGGGCUACAACAUGUUGGCCAAGAAGCUGAUGGAUGCCAAGAGCAGAGAGCGUGCACAGUUACUCGAGGCCAAGAAAGAGAAACACAUGCAGAUCAUGAUGUCGCGACAACAGCAACAGCAAGGCAAGUGGGCGAACUUGCCAUCGAUCGACGAAUAUGACAUGGAAGAGGAGGAUGAAGAAGAUCUGGAAGACUACAACGACGGCCUGCCUGACCUCACCAGACUAGAGGUCGAGACUGAUGUGGCCCCAAGUGUUGAGGCCAUUGAGGGCAUCAUCCAGAUGGAGAAGGAGAAGCUGCUGGCAGAGGCCAAGGAGAACGUGGACGAGGAUGACUUUGACCUACAACGCAAGCUCAAGAGGAUCGAGUUCAUGUCAAAGAAGAAGGAGCUGCAGGAGAAACAGAGGAUAGAGAGGAUGGCCCGACUGGGUAUCGUAGAAGAGGAUAUGGUGGAGAUCGAUCCGCAGCACUUUAAGCGAUUCCAGGAUGGCGAGAUCACUGAAGAGGAGAUGACAGCACUAUCGCGCAAGUUUGUCCAGGAUGAGGAGGACGUGGAGGAGCAGGAGGGUGGCGACUAUGAAGAGGGCCCUGACUAUGACUACCUCAAGCAUUGGAAGAUUGGCUCGAUCGAGGUGCCCAAGCUGCUCAAGCGUAAGAUAUCUCAAGCACUCAAGGGCUUCCCAACGGCCGAGCUCAGACAAAUCUCGGCCGAGCUGUCGGACAGUCUGCGAACAAGGACCCGCUCAGACAAGAAGCUGCAAGACAAGACAAUGCCCUACAAGGUGGCACCAGAGGAGAAGCCCGUCAUCAGUUAUGGCAAGGGUGAGGCUCUGGCCUACAUCGCCCAUCGAAUGCCUGGUGUGUACGCCUGUACUCAUCGUGUGUUCUCAGAGAUUGCCACUCGCCUGCCCAACUUCAAGCCGACCACAUUGCUCGACUAUGGCUCUGGUCCAGGCACCGUUAUCUGGUCAGCGCGACAGGUUUGGGGCGAAUCACUAAAGAGUAUCAGGGCAGUUGAGCCAUCAACAUUCAUGAGCGACAUAUCCAAGAAGAUGUUGGAGGGCAACACGAACGAAAUCAAGUGGUCUCAGUUCUUGAUGCAGCCACCACACCUCAGCGAAUCAAUGCAGAGCGAUCUUGUUGUAGCCUCAUAUGUGCUCAGCGAGCUGCCAGACCAGGAGACUCGUGAGAAGGUCAUCAAUGACCUUUGGCGCAACGUUAAGCCAACUGGAAUGCUGGUGUUGGUGGAGCCAGGCACACCUAUUGGUUUCAGUCUGAUCAGAGCGAUGCGACAGAUGCUACUCGACCUCCCAGCUGAUCAGGUGACGCCACAAAAGUCUUAUCGCGCACAAGUCGUUGCGCCAUGCCCACACUCUGGCAGAUGUCCAAUGGGCUUCAACUCAUGGUGCCACUUCUCCCAGCGUGUUGCUCGUCCAGUGUUCCAGAAGCUGGCCAAGGGACCCAAGUCAACGGUGCCAUUCGAGGACGAGAAGUACUCCUAUAUCGUGAUGUCCAAGUUGAUCGACUCGACCAUCCCCAAUCAAAUGACCAAACAGGUAGAGAUGUAUGGCGAGGAGGAACUCAAGCCAAACAAACUAUGGUCGCGUCUCAAUGAAGCGCCAUUCAAGAGAAAGGGACACGUCACAAUGGAUGUGUGCACUCCCGCUGGAGACCUGAAGAGAGUUACAAUUGCCAAGUCACAUGGAAAACAAUUGUACAAAGAGGCCAGAAGAACAUUCUGGAGUGAUGGAUUGAUCAUUGAUGAAUCAGCAGUGGAUUGGAUACCAUCCAGGAAUCAGAUUAUAGAGUCGGCAGCAGAGAUUGAGUUUGAAAAGUACGCCAACAUUGAAAAGAUGAGGAGACUCAACUCGCCAACGUUCAAGAAGAGCCAGACACAGGGUGAGCUGCAGAAGGUCAUCGAGCACAUGGAGACGACACCAAGAGACAAGAAGAGGAAGCAGGUCGAGAAGACACGCGAGGAGGACAAGGCCAAGAUGAAGAAACAGGAGUGGGUCGAGGAUCUAGCCCAGGACGACAGGAAGAUGCUUGAGAAGCUGGUGCGCGAGGGCAAGUUCUCGAUGGGCCAGGGACUGUUUGGCGAGAAACAGCGUCCACAUCAGGACUACAUGGACAUGGGCAACGAUGACGACAUUGGAUUCGAGGAUCAGCGCGAGAGGCUGAAGAAGAAGGCCAUCGAGGAGACGAAGGAGGAGCUACCAAUGCGUCACAGCUCCAAGUCGAUGAAGGCCAUCAAACAGCGAAUGGAAGAGGAUAUCGAGAUGUUUGCCUCGCAGAACGUAUCAGACGAGAUUGUGGAGCAGAGCAAGCAGCAGAAGCAGAAGCAACAAGAGAUUAAUGCAAAGAAGUACAUCAAGAAGGGCACUUUGGAGGCAUUCCUGCAGGAAGAGACGACAGGCGAGGGCGCCGACCUCAGUACCAAGAAGUUGGAGACCGAGAUUGAGCGAAGACGACGAGCACAACAGGCCAAGAUGUCACAGUUAGUCGAGAACGUCAGGGGCAUGGGUAUCAAUACCAAAGACAACAGAGGCAAGCGACAGAACGAACCACCCAAAGACAUCAAACAGGAUUAG